UUCUUCUUCCAGAACUUCACCCUACAUCGUCUUCAAAACCACACAGUCACACUACGAAACAUGACAGACACGUCCUCCGACCAACUCAGAAAAAACUUCGAGUCCAUGAACCUCGGUACAGGCAAGGAACCCUACGAAGAGUCCGUCACCGAGUACAACCUCCCCGGCGGGCUCGUCGUCCUCCCAAAAGUCUGGGAAAAAAUCCAAGUCCGCGAGCGUAUCGCCAGGGUAUUCGAAAUAGCCCUUCUUCAAGGCCAAAAUACCAACCAAUCUGUCCUCUGGUCAGUCCUGGUGGCUCUUUUAUUCCGCAACGGCGUGCCCGGUUCGGAGGGUGCCAAGUCGCUCGAAAGUCCACGCCAGUUCUGCGAGAUGCUGGUGGAGUGGAGGAAGGUUGCGGGAGCGUGUGAGGAGCUUACAGAGGCGUUGCAGGCUAUGCAGAGUGGCGAGCUGUCGGAGAGUUUCGCGACGUUCGGAUCCGUCGUAGUUUGGAUGUUCAGCAUCGCGAUCGGCUUGGAGACCGAGAAGUUAUCUACAGCAUCGCAAGAGGUGCAGAAGGCAAUGAUAGCCUUGGACAAGCUCAGGGAUAUCAUAGAGAGGGGGAACACACCUGACGAGGCUCAGGAAGACGACGAACAAGCAGCGUCGAGUUCAACUACAACUCCGCCUACCGCCAACAAACCUCGAGUCGUACAAAUGCCUUUUGGGAACGCCAAGAAUGAAAAUCUGCCUGAAGACAUCGAGAAACGCUUCACGGAAUUCGAGCUGACGCCCGUGGACAAGAUUCCACUCAAAGUCAAGAACGGCAAGGUCGUAGAGCCCGACAUCAUAUCUACCUACGUCCCCUCCGCUCCCGUCGACGAAUCGAAGGAAGACCCAGAUGGCCACACGAUCUGGAUCACGAGUCCAGCAUCCAAAGCCAAGUACUUCGCCCACAAGAACUGGCCUCGGCCUCUCCCCAAAAUCCGCAACAGGCUCGUCGUACGCGAGACGGGCGACGGAUCUGGCUUGGGCGUCUUCGCCACGGAAGACAUCAAGCGCUACGAACCCGUCCUCGUCGAGCGCCCGUUCCUCGUCUAUCCCAUCCAGAAUAUCUUUGGUCGGAUUAACUCCGAAGGGCUGAGCGAGCUGUCCGACAACCAGAUUGCGCAGUUGUACAUGAAGAAGGCGGAGGGUAUGCUUCGCUACGCUGUUGAUCAGCAGAUGAUGUCCCGUGCGAGGAAAGGGUUCUUGGAGUUGGGGAAUUCGCAUUUGAAUGACGGGAGUGGACCUCUGUUGGGAAUCGUCAGGACGAAUGGGUUUGGAAUAUCCUUUGGUGAGCGACUUCCCGGCCUGGACGACGAAUUCAACCAGGGGUACGCUGCUAUCGCGAAGGUUGGCAGUCGGUUCAACCAUAGCUGCACUCCAGACGUCGUCCAAGGCUUCGACGCUGCGACAUUCUCCAUUCGAUUCACCGCCACCCGGGACAUCAAAGCAGGUUCCCAAGUCCACGUCGGCUACGCUCUCACCAACGCUCCCAAAGCCGAGCGCCAAAAGGCCCUCGAGAGGUACGGCUUCGAAUGUAAAUGCCGCGCCUGCGUCCACGCCACCCCUCAAUCCGACAAACUGCGCCAAAUCUCCAACAAGAUGACGCAGACGAUGCGUCGGCAGGCCAUUAACGUUUGGUCUAAAGACCGGAAGCUUACUGAAGAUGUUUUGAAGCCUGUGUUGGAGAUGAAGAAGAGGAUGGAGGAGGAGGGGUUGGAUACGAUUGAGGCGGGGUAUACGACGAUUUAUGAGAUUAUGCAUCGGGUUUAUGGGCAGGUUGGGAAUAGGAGGAAGGAGAAGGAGGUUUUGGCGUUGAUGAUGGAGCAUAUUAAUGGGUCGCUUGCGGAGGAGGAGUGGAGGACUGGGGUGAAGCCUGUGUGUUGA